UUGAUCAUAUCACAGUCUAUCCAUGGAGCAGUCUAACAGCUUGAAGGUCUCCGCCGACGAUGCGAGUGUCGAGUCUGAGAGGCCCUUGCCUGAGCUCGAUGCGUUCACUUCCAAGCCUUCCGCUACUCCACGGCCCUCUAUAGACUACGGUGCUGGAGGGACUCACCCUGAUGUGAAGCGUCCGAGCACUCCGCCUAGCCCGGAUGGCAUCUUUGGCGGAUUCUCGUUGGAGAACCAUGUUGGGGUCCCGGCCUUCCUCAGCAACUCCACCAUGACUGAAUCUGAAGACGCCGAUUUCGGCGAUCCCAUAGGGUACGGCAAAAUCGAUGACUCUUUUAUGGCAGCCUCUCCCUCUAUGUACCCUUCAACGCUCCUAACCAUGCCUAUGCCCCUCAACCUUAUCGAGGCACUGGUCGACAUCGGUGUCGAAGAGGCUGGCGCGCCUCUACCAAGUCGAUCUAGUCUGGAGCUCCUCUCCAAUGCUGCCUUUACUGCUGCUAGGUCUGCCUCUGGUGAUGUUGUUGCUACGGCCAGCCAGGGGCAUGCUACUCGAGCUUUGACUCGCAUGCUUGAGAGGUUCGCUGUGAUUUGGGAGGACUACUGCAAGGAGUUGGCUGCUGGUCUCGACGAGCUGCAUCAUCAAACGUCUACUGCUAGUACUACGGCUUCUAAGGACAUCCCUCCCUACUUCUACGACAGUGGAUUGAACUACGAUAAGACCUCACCUUUGGGGCCGCUUACUGCUACCACUGCUGAGCCUCCUACCCCGGAAGGGUCCCUUCAGGAGCCCGCCUCUAGGAGAGCUAAGGGUUUCUCGACCUCUUCCUCACCAAAUUUCAAGAGCAGCUUGUCUUCUGUCCCGUCCAGUAGUACGUUGCAUGCGGCUACCCCCUUCAACACCCUACCCCAACACUUGGUCGACCCUAAGGACUGGUGUACUGUGAUUCUGAGGAAUAUCCCCAAUAAGUAUGAUGAGAUCAUGCUUGUGGAGCAGUUCAACGCCUCGGGUUUCUCCACGGACUCGCACAUUCGGUACGUGUACACCCCGAAGGACGGUACGAACAACUGCAAUUUGGGAUACGCCUUUGUUGAUCUAGUCAACCACGACGAGGCUGUGAGGUUCACCUCGGUCUAUGAAGGCUUUCGUUUGCCAAGCUCGAAGUCUCGUAAGGUUUGCAGCGCCAACUGGGCCAAGAUGCAGUCAGUGCCGGCGUCUCUACAAGGCUCUGUGUGUGGGCGUAUGGGAAGUGCCCUUAGUACGGUGAGGAGGGAUGGCGGGCGAGCUCUCUCUGGCUCUACUAGGAAGGCUUCGACAAAUAUGGCCACCCCUAGGAGGUUCUCUAAGAGGCAUGAUAAUACUGGAACGUCCACGACCCCAGACAGAAGCCUUAAAGAGAUUACUCUCGUUGGACUCCCUUCACGACGUUGCCGUGGACAUAUGGUCGAUUUGUUGUCAUCACGCUUCGGUUCGGUGGUCUCCUGUGUGGUGGACGAUGACAAGGAGUGCAGAGUGACGCUCGAGAGCUCUGCUGUGGCCUUUUCGGUGAGGGAGGCUAUCCUGUCGGGUUCCUUGAAAGUUGAUGGUCAAGUUUUGAGGCUUGCUGAUAGAGAAGCGGACAGGGGCUAUUAUGAAGAUGAUGGUUCAGAUCUACAGUUCAACGUUGGCCCUUUGGAUGACUAUCUUACUCAGUGAUGAGCUCAAGAGCAACAGCCAGUGGACCAGUGUUUGUGUGUUUGUGGUUUUGCUGCUACUUUUUACCCUCCAUUCACAGUGUCGGAUUGAUGAUACUAGAGAUGUCCUCACUACUGUGGAGUCCAUCAUAUUGCUACUAGAUAGAUUCAUCGUACCCUCUUCGACUGUAUUAAGUUGCCUUUUAUCGAUGUAAUAGUACUUUCACCAUUUCACCUAUCAUCUUGCUGAGAUUAGCUCGUCUAUAAUGAACAAGUAUAACAACAAUAGCAACCAAGACCUUCGAAAUCUCCCGUAAAUUGGUGGCCGCCGCCGUCGUCUCGGUCCUGCUGCUGCUGACCACCAUCAUUAAUUCGCGCGCUGAAUCGUCAUAUCCCUCUGUACUAGUCUGGUGGUAAUUGGAUCUCACCUACGGCUACCACUUCACUCAAGCAACCAUCAUCAUCAUGAUCGAGGGUAACGUUUAUCCCUUGACGGUCGUGGUCUAUCUCUACGCUGUCCUACUGGUCUUCUCGGUGGACUCCUCUCAGUAGUAUUUCUAAUAUUCAUUGAUAGAUUUCUUCUUUAGGAGUAGGCAUCAAUGUUUCACAGUCAUCAUCAUCAUCAUCAAUCG